GUCACAAGCCACCUCGAAGAGCUGAGCGAGGAAGGCCACAAUUAGAUUCAAAGGUUCUCCCACAACUGCAAUGCUCCCGUUAGAGGUGUACACGUAGUAUCCAAGCCCCACCUGGAGUGAAGUGUUGCCUUCAUUGUCAGUUGGGCUUCAAACGCUGUUGCCGCCAUCUCGGGCAGCCUGGUGAGAGAUGACAAGAAGAGGGUGCAGUGAGAACAACCCAAACGGUGACCCAAGCCCCCACACUCCGUUGCCUGGUCAGUUGAUAAGAUAAAGCCCCCCCGCCUCCACGGAAUCGCUAACAUCGCCGUCGCUCCACUGGUUCUUUUUCACUUCGCACCACAACUACCCCACCACGUUUCCCUUCCAAAACAACACAACAGAUACCGCAAUCGCAAAUCGCAUUUCACAUCUUCGCUUGCUUCCUCACCAGAAUUUUAUAUAAGACCUCCUUGCUUCGCGCGACUACCCACCAAUCUCUACAGGCCACGGCUAGAUCAUCGUCAAACACUAUGGAUCCGUUCAACCUCCCCAUCGAAUGGGCUCUCCAGCUUCUUACUGGCGUCCUCCCAGACCCCUACCUCUCCCUCGCCCGUCAGCACCUCCUCUCGCCCGACUCCGCCAUCCAAUCUCUCAAGCGGCACAUAAUGUCAACAAUCGAAGCCUUCAUCUCCACUCUCAUCCCGAUCAUGCAGCCGCUUGUCGAGCGGCUAACGGCAUACAUCUACGCCUCCCCCGACGUGGUCAUUCUCGCCGGCGUGCUGUUGCUGCUGGUCAUGGUGCUGCAGGUUCUGAGCUGGAUGCGACGGGUGCUCAUGUUUUUCACCAGGCUUGCGUUCACGCUGGUGUUCUGGGCGGGCAUGGCGGCGGUCGCAAGCUGGGUGUACAGGCGCGGAGUGGAGCAGAGCGCGAGGGAUGCGACGUUCUGGCUGGGCAGGGCGAGCGGGUAUGGACUGGGCAUUUGGAAUUUCUUCAUGACCGAGUGGCAGAGGUAUGAGGCGCAGGAUAAGGCGAGGGGUCAUGCUAAGUAUGAUCGCGCUUAAACGAGAAGCAGCGGGAGAUAUGUUGUUGGAUAGCAAGGAAGAGGCAAGGGUGGAUAAGGGGAGGGCGUCAGGGUGAAGCGGAAAGGGCAGGCAGCGAUGGAAGAUCAAGAUGAUGGUGGAGAUAUCUUGGAUGAUGACUAUGAAGAAGACGAUCACUCUUGAAAAGGAGAGAUGGAGAAUCGAUGCCUCGCGGAGGAGAGUACGAGGUGGAUUUUUUUUUUUUGGCUUUACGGACGAAAUCACGAUGAUACGACGAUAAAAGUUGGAGGGUGGCUGGCUGUUGGAAUACCGCAUAUCCCAUGGCGUUACGGCGUUUCCUGUCAGGCAAUGUUCGAGAUCUGCGACCUUGGAGGUGCGAAGGACCGAGGACGUGAAUGUUACAGGCGGUGACCUUGCGUUAGGAAUACUGUUUUAAGGGCUUUGGUAGUCAAGUGGGAAAAGAACAUAUAGAUCAUUAUUGCUUUGCUUCCGUA